AUGGCGAAAGUGACUUCGAUGAAAGCAGUGCGGACUAAAUACCGGAACAUACUUGACAAGGAAAACACUAAUGCCAAGGUAAUAGCUUCUUCUGAUAUUAAUAAAACUGAUUUGAACAUUUGGUUACAAGGAGCAGGCAUGUGUUUAAGUCUUUUGAAGACUUACAGUGUUAAGUUAGAGGAGCAAAUGGGAAAAUUAAGUACUGCACUGAUGGAGAAAGAAACUGAGUUGGCAGAAGAAAUAGUUGACGACGACUGUCACUUAAUAUUUGAGACAGAGAAAAACAUUUUUGAUUUGAAACAAUUAAUUGAUAUAGUUCAGAAUGAAAAAUUGAAAAGCGAAACGGAAGCUGCAAAGCAUAUAGAUAAAGAUAGUGAUAAAAAGAUGCAAGAAGAAAUGCAUAAGAUGAUAAUGAUACAGUUAGAGCAACAAAGAGAAUUCUUUGAGAGACAAGAUAAAAAGAUCAGUGCAGAUAAGGAUUCAGUAAAGUUACCUAAGCUUGAUUUGUUUUCCUUUAACGGAAAUAAGUUACAGUGGGCUGCUUUUUGGGACACUUUUGAAUGUACGGUUCAUAAGAACAAGAAAUUAUCUAACAUAGAGAAAUUCAGUUAUUUACUGAAUAAGCUUUAUGGAGAAGCUAAACGUGCUGUGGCUGGCUUAGCUUUAACCAAUGAAAACUAUGCUCUUGCUGUUGGAAUACUUAAAGAAAGAUUUGGCAAUGAGCAAGAAAUAGUUGAUAUGCAUUAUAAUGAACUCAUGAAUGUUCCUCUUGCAAAGAAUAAUGUGGAAAGUCUUACUCAUUUUGUGGAUUCUAUUGAAAAACAUUUGAGGAGUUUGGAAGUACUAAAAGAAAAUGUAAACCAACAUGUUUUUGUGUCAAUGAUUAGAUCAAAGUUGCCACAGGAAGUUUUACGACAGCUUGAACUAAAGAAAGGAAGUAAAACAAAAUGGACAGUGCAAAUUCUUCGAGAAGAAUUGCAAGAAUAUGUGACUGCUUGUGAACAUUCAAAGGUUAAGGCAACGGAUAACAACAAUGAACAAAGACAAAGACGUGAUGAUAAACACACGUUACACAAUGCUAGACAACGAGGUGAUUUCAAAACGAGUUACAGACAGAGUGAUAAUAGACAAGGGUCUUUUGUUAACAAGCCACAGAAUUCAUCAGAACCUACAUUUACAAGCAAUGUGGCCAAUACAAAAAAGACUCUUUGGAAGAGUAAUCAAUGUCGAUUCUGCGACAAAAAUCAUUACAGUGAUGAAUGUCCUAAGUAUCGUUCAAUUGAUGAAAGGCAGAAACGAAUAAAAGGGAGUUGUUUUAAAUGUUUGAGAGAUAACCAUAUCACAAGUGAGUGCAAAUGGAAUAAAACAUGUGUUCAUUGUGGGGAACAAAAUGCACAUCAUCGAAGCUUAUGUCCGAAGAAAUUUAAAUAUAUAACAAAACUUGAAAGUGCAAAGCUUUCUGAAGAAGUAUAUACUGUGAGCAAAAUGGAUGCUACACCCAUUGAAAACGCUAUGGUUUCUUCGUCAGAAAUGGUGUUAAUGCAAACAGCAAGUACGUAUGUAAAGAAUCCAAAAUCGUCUGUGUCGCAACAUGUCCGUAUUCUUUUGGAUUGUGGUUCUCAACGGACUUACAUUACACAAAGGUUAGCAGACGCGUUGGGUUUAAAAGGUGAAAAAGAGGAGAACAUAAGUUUAAUCACAUUUGGUAAUGAAAAUCCAACAGUGAUAAAAACAAAAUCUACUACUUUGUGCUUAAAGUUGAAUGAUGGAACUUUUAUGGAAAUACAAGCAAAUAUAGUUCCAGUGAUAAGUGGAAAUAUUGAGAGAAAACAAUUAGACUUCACAACUCACGAAAAUUGGAAACAUCUUGUGAAAAGCUUAGAUCUAGCGGAUACAAUUCCAAAUGAGAAUGAACAGACGAGUAUUGAACUAUUGAUUGGCAAUGAUUACUAUUUAGACAUCAUUAUGUCUCAAAGAAUAGAGAUUGAACCAGGAUUAUACCUCUUAGGAUCAAAAUUAGGAUGGAUUUUAACUGGAAGAACAAAAAAUAACGAUGUUUAUAGUGAAAGUGUUAGUAUGUUCAUACUUACAUAUGGUAACAAUAUUAUAGAGAGAAGUUGUUUUCAGUGUGUUGAUGAUACAAUCAAAUCCAAACCUGAUCUUCAGGAUUUUUGGAAUAUAGAGGCUAUCGGUAUUACAGAUAACCCUUCACUUUCAGAUGAUAAAAAAGCAAUGUCAAAUUUUCAAAAUACUUUGACUUUUAAAGACAGUAGAUAUCAAGUCACCUGGCCAUGGCGAGAAGAAAAUCCCCCUCUACCAGUGAAUAGAGAACUAGCAUACGGUAGAUUAAAAUCGUGUGUAAAAAGAAUGAGAGAUAAACAUGAUCUUAUGACAAAGUAUGACAAGGUUAUUAAAGAUCAGCUUCAAAAAGGAAUCAUUGAAAAAGUUGAUGACACAAUGAUCGAAGGAAAAAAGCAUUAUAUACCUCACCAUGCAGUUCUCACGCUGCAAAAAACAACAACAAAACUUCGUGUUGUGUAUGAUGCUUCAGCAAAAACAAAACCCGAUUACAAAAGUCUUAACGAGUGCUUAUUACGAGGUCCUGUCAUGUUACAUGAUUUGUGUGGAAUUCUAAUGCGAUUCAGAUUACAUGAAAUAGCAUUGAUAUCAGAUAUAGAAAAGGCUUUUCUACAAAUUGGACUUCAAGAAAGUGAAAGAAACGUCACGCGGUUCAUGUGGAUUAAAGACCUUCAAAAUCUUACUGUAAGUCCAAACAAUAUUCAAGAAUACAGAUUUUGUAGGGUACCCUUCGGAGUGAUAUCAAGUCCUUUUCUUUUAGGAGCAACUAUAGAAUCACAUCUUGGAACGUAUACAAGUGACAACGCAGUCAAACUUACACAGGACAUUUACGUAGAUAACAUUAUUACGGGAACAAAUAGUGAAAGUGAAGCCAUUGAAUUCUAUAAAGAAGCAAAAUCAAUGUUUAAUGACGCCUCUAUGAAUUUAAGAGAAUGGUUAUCAAAUAACGAUACAGUAAAUGGAUGUUUUACUGAGGAUGACAGAGCAGAAAGUAAAGAAACAAAUGUGUUAGGACACGUUUGGAAUCAUAAGAAUGAUACAUUAGUAAUCAGACAGCCAAAAUUGUUUGACACUGAAAAAAGUGUAACAAAAAGAGUCAUUUUAAAAGCAAUUGCCUCAGUGUUUGACCCAUUAGGUUUAUUCUCUCCUGUUUUGUUGAAGGGGAAGGUUCUACUCCAAAAAUUAUGGAGCAGAAAAGUUGACUGGGAUGAUCCUGUAAUAGAUGAUGAUAUCAAUAAAGAAUGGUUAUCUUUACGAUUUGACAUGGAAAGACUUUCAAGAUACCCAAUCAAUAGAUGUGUUAGUCUAAAAACAAACCAAAAGGAUAUUACUUACAGAUUGAUGUGUUUUUGUGAUGCGUCUUCGGCUGCGUAUUCAGCAGCUAUUUAUCUUCAUCAAGCACAUAAGAGCCAAUUUAGAGUGAAUCUCAUGUUUGCUAAAUCGCGUUUAGCUCCUAUUAAAGGAAUGACAAUACCACGUUUAGAGUUAAUGGCAGUCCUCAUUGGCAUGCGGUGUCUUAAGUUUGUUACAGAACAAUUACAUUUAUCUAUAGUUCAUAAAUAUUUGUGGACGGAUUCAAAGUGUGUAUUGGAUUGGAUAAAUUCAGAUAAGCAUCUUCCAGUCUUUAUUAGGAACAGAGUAGAAGAAAUAAAAGUCCAUAAAGACAUAACAAUAUCAUAUGUGAAAACUCAGGAAAACUCGGCUGAUGUUGCUACACGUGGAUCAACCUUGGAAGACUUAUACGGAAAUCAGAAAUGGUGGAAUGGUCCAAGUUGGUUGUUACGAGAUUUUGAGGCCUAUGUGAAAGAUCCCUUGACAUGUUUAGAAAAUGAUCAUAUUGACACUUUGGAAAACGAAACUAACAUGAUUAGUGUGAACAAAACAAAAAAUAAGAUUUAUACGAGUGGAUCUCCCCCUUUUCAAAUAGAUAUAGAAGCUUACUCCUCAUUGACAAGACUUCUUCGUGUGACUGCUCUUGUUAUACGCUUUGUUAAAAAACUUAGGAAAGAACCUAGCGAAAAUGGAACACUGAAGACAGAAGAAAUACAAAACGCCGAAAACAAGUGGUUACUCCAUAUUCAGAGAAAACAUUUUCUAGAUGUGUUUGAAGGAUUCGCAAAAGGAAAGCCAACAAAUUUACAAACUCAGUUGGGACUUUAUAUUGAUGAAUACGGUAUAUUGAGGAGCAAAGGAAGACUUGAACAUUCUUGUCUCACUGAAGGAGCAAAGUAUCCUAUUCUUCUUCCAAGUAAAGAUAAAUUUACAUCACUUAUUGUUGAAAAGACACACAAACAGUUCUUACAUACUGGUGUGUCCCAGACACUUUCUGGAGUACGCAACAAAUAUUGGAUCCCUCAUGGUCGCACAACAGUUCGGCAUACUGUUAAAGCAUGUAAUGUUUGUCGUCGUUACGAAGGAAGUCCUUACAAAAUGCCAUCAAUGCCAUCAAUACCAAAGAUGAGAGUUAAUAAAUCUAGACCAUUUAGUUACACAGGGUUGGAUUAUAUGGGGCCGUUACUCAUAAAAAGUUACGUUGGAUCUAAAAAAGUAUGGAUAUGUUUAUUUACAUGUCUUGUUACGAGGGCAAUUCAUCUUGAGAUAGUUUUAGAUAUGACAACAGAAGAAUUCUUAAUGUGUAUCCGACGAUUCAUAUCGCAAAGAGGAACACCUCUUCAAAUAAUUAGUGAUAAUGCGGCUCAAUUCAAGUCAGCAAGUUCCGUUAUCAAUAAGAUAUGGUGCAAUGUUAUACAUGAUGAAGAUGUCCAAAGUUAUGUUUCAACCGCUGGCAUUCAUUGGUCUUUUAUUGUAGAACUCGCCCCAUGGAUGGGUGGGUUCUAUGAAAGGCUUGUUGGCAUAGUGAAAAAAGCAUUAAGAAAGGCUAUAGGUAGGAAACUGCUCAGUUUGAUUCAAAUUCAAACGCUACUUAAAGAAGUUGAAUCUGUGGUCAAUUCAAGACCAUUAACAUAUAUAGGUGAUGACAUUAAUUCAAAUAUCACGUUGACACCGAAUCACUUUCUUACUUUAAAUCCCACAACUGGCAUACCUGAAGAACAAUUUGAUGAAAAAGAUGUUGAUUACAUACCUAUUGAAAGUACUCAAAAUAACUUAUUGAAGAUAUGGAAAAAGGGACAAAAAAUAUUAAAUUCAUUUUGGAGAAUAUGGAGAGAAGACUACGUCAUGAGUCUUCGUGAAAGAAUGCAAUCUUCUCUUAAAUCAGGAAAAAUGAAGUCUCUAUUGCAAGCAAAUAUAGGAGAUACGGUUUUGAUAAAAGAUGAUUUACCUAGAGGAUGCUGGAGACUCGGUUUGAUUAUUGAACGUGUGAUAAGCCAUGAUGGUAAUAUACGCUCUGUAAAGGUAAAAUUAGCUUCUGGUAGAGUUUUGAAUAGACCAUUGAACUUGCUUUACCCACUAGAAUGUUCACAUCAAGAACAGGAUCAAACUAGGUCGGAUUCGACUAUAUGUGAUAGAAAAACGUAUGAAAUACUAAGGCCAGUACGCGAGGCGGCUAUUCGAGCGAAACAGAAGAUAAAAAGUGUUUAUCUAUGA